GGUCUCACCGGAACCGCCAACAUGGCCACGCCCAUCGCGGCGUCAGUGACGUCAUUCUCGUUCCGGCUCGAGCCGGAAGUGGCGCGGCCAUGGCGGCGCGGAGCUCCCGGGGCUGAUGCCACCAUGGCCACCAGCCGCUCGGAGGACGAGGAGUCCCUGGCGGGGCCCAAGCGGGGCCCGGCCACCCCCGCGGGGGACUGGACUGUCCCCAAACGGCGCAGCUCCUCCAGGUUCAUCAAGCGGCGGAAGUUCGACGACGAGCUGGUCGAGAGCAGCCUGGCCAAGGCCCCAGCCCGGGGGGGCGGGCCAGCGGGGGGGGGCGGGGCGGCCGGCGAGCCCUGCCCCGGGGACAGGAAAAAGGUGCCUCCCACCCCCCUGUGCCCCCCAGUGUCGCGGGCCGUGCCCCCCCCGGCGCCCCCCGGGCCCGGCCCCCCCCCGGCGCUGCCCAAGCGCCUCAAGAAGAGCAAACCCAGCCCCGCCCCCCGCGACCUGGGCAGGUGGAAACCCGCCGACGACCUGCUGCUCAUCAACGCCGUGCUGCAGACCAACGACCUGACCUCGGUGCCUGGGGUGAAGUUCAGCUGCCGCUUCACACUGCGCGAGAUCCAGGAGCGCUGGUACUCGCUGCUCUACGACCCCGUCAUCUGCAAGCACUCGUGCCAGGCCAUGCGCCAGCUGCACCCCGAGGCCGUGGCCGCCAUCCAGAGCAAGGUCCUGUUCAGCAAGGCCGAGGAGCAGCUGCUGACCCGCGUGCCAUCGAGCCCUGUCCCCUCGCUGGACACCUUCCAGGAGCUGCUGCAGCGCCACCCGGCCGUGUUUUACCCUGCCAGGACCCCCAAGGCCCUGCAGCUGCACUGGCAGCUCCUGCGCCAGUACCACCUGCUGCAGGACCAGACAG